GUUUGUAUCGUUUGCCUCUAGAAAAGGAUUUGUGUUCAUUUUUGGAAGUUUUGCUUAUCUGGGGUUCCUCUAUUUCAAGAAAAAAUCAAGUCUCUUUUUGUUUUUUUAUAACCGUAGUGUCUUGUCCAGCUUUCGCGCACGAGACUAAAUCGACUAAUACCUGCGACCUGCCAUCGGCAACAAAUAUCAAGUAACUCUGUCCAUCAAGGCUAGGACAAAUGGAAAGAAUCACCUAGCGUUUUUUUUGUUUUCGCUGAGAUUUGAACAUGAGACCUCAGGUUUUCACUAGGACUCACCCUUAGGCUGCUUGUUUUGUCCUUAUAAGGCCAUUUUCGAAGAACACAUACAGGAGGAUUAAUAGAAUUCUUGCAGAACUUUUAUGGUUGGAGCUUGUGUGGUUAGUUGAUUGGUGGGCCGGUGUAAAGUUGUCUCAAAAUUUCGUGAUCCCAAAAGAAGUAUGGCAGACCAACAAGAUUUUGAAACUGAAGCUAAGCAAGCAUGACAGUGUUGUGAAUGCUACCGAUAUGGAGUCGCUGAAUGGGUUUAUCCACAUGAUGAGAAUGUGCUGUAACUAUGUAUAAUAAUUUCAUUAUUUAACUUCAUUGAUAAAUUUGUAUGCACUGCCGUAAGAUUUAUGUUCCUUUUAUUGUGCCCGUUACCCUUUUCUGAAUAUGUUUUGUUUUUCUUGUUGGUUUCAUGUUACACUUUAUCCGCUGGUUUUACUAAAACUCUGGGUUGGUCUCCUGAAAAUAUGGCAAAGGUUCAACUGAUUUGAGAUUAAAGUAUACAUGGACUCAGAAACUUUUAGAUUGAUGGGCAAAGAACAUGCUCUACUGAUAGCAAAUCACAGAAGUGACAUUGAUUGGCUUGUUGGAUGGGUCUUAGCUCAGCGAUCUGGUUGCCUUGGUAGCGCAUUAGCUGUUAUGAAGAAAUCCUCCAAACUCCUUCCUGUACUUGGUUGGUCCAUGUGGUUUUCCGAGUACCUUUUCCUUGAACGAAGCUGGGCAAAGGAUGAAAACACGUUAAAGUCAGGUCUUCAACGAUUAUGGGAUUAUCCUCAGCCUUUCUGGCUGGCACUUUUUGUUGAAGGCACUCGCUUUACUCAGGCAAAGCUUUUGGCUGCUCAAGAAUAUGCAGCCUCAUCUGGGCUACCUGUUCCAAAGAAUGUGUUAAUUCCUCGUACUAAGGGCUUUGUCACCGCAGUAAGUCAAAUGCGCUCAUUUGUUCCAGUUAUUUAUGAUGCGACAAUUGCCAUUCCUCAAAAUUCACCAGCACCAACAAUGCUGCGAAUCUGCAAGGGUCAAUCUUCUGUGGUUCAUGUGCACAUCAAGCGCCACGAGAUGAAGGAUCUACCAGAAAAUGAUGAUGCCAUCGCUCAAUGGUGUAGAGAUAUCUUUCUGGCCAAGGACAAUCUGUUGGACAAACAUAUUGCUGAAGACAGCUUUGGAGAACAACAGCUGCAGAAUGUCGGCCGCCCAGUGAAAUCCCUCGUGGUUGUUGCAUCGUGGGCAUGUAUUCUCAUAUUUACUGCUGUGAAAUUCUUACAAUCCACAGCAUUACUAUCCUCAUGGACAGGUCUUGCAAUUUCAGUUGCACUGUUAGCUGUUAUUACACUUCUUAUGCAAAUCUUGAUCAGAUUUUCUCAGUCAGAACGAUCAACACCAGCCAAGACAAAUACUGUUAAUCAACAUUCAACAAAUGGACAAGAAAAACAACACUAGCACAGUGAUCACACCUGCAAAGUUGUAGCCUUUUUAGUCUUUGGGAAAUACAUUAGGUAAUGUAUUAUGCAUUUGGCAAAAUCGUCCGAUUUCGAAUAGUUCAAGGGCAAAAUUGACCUUUAUCUGUUGUCUAGAAGCAUUGUGUUUGUCAUAAAAUUGACCUUUAUCUGUUGUCUAGAAGCAUUGUGUUUGUCAUAGUAGUUGUCUUAUAUACGUCGUUUCUUAUUUUUGAUAUCUGCUACAAUCUAUUGUCUAUUGUAUUUCAGUUAUCGUA